AAUAUAUAUUUUUAAAAAAGAAAAUGUAAUCUCCAUAUUCCCUGCAGAAGGACAUUCAAUUCCCUUUAUAAAGGGGGAGCAGAGAUCAUAGCGGUUGAGUCCACAGGCAGGAAACGACAGAGCUGGGAAUGGAAGCUAGACCUGUGACUUAGAGCCGGAUUCUUUCCUGUGCGCUCAGGGAGACUGCAGACGGGAGAGGGCUCCAGACGGACCUUGGGGUUGUUCACAAUGGGCGAGGGGAGGACACUGGAAAGAAGAGCCGGAGGCCCAGGGCGACGCAGGGACCCGAUUGGAUGUGCUUGUGUCACUAGAGACUUUGACUUUGCCCCUUAGGCUCGCUUCCCUCGGGGCAGAUAAAGGAGUGAGGAUCAGAGUGGGGAUCAGAGCCGCUCACUCCUGGCUCCCUGGCUCCCUGGCUCCCUGGCUCCCUGGCUCCCUGGCUCCCUGGCUCCGAAUGCGGGAGUGACAGAACUGGAUGAAUUAGGGGAGGGGCCAUCGUGGGCCCCGCCCACAACCUUUGUGUCGGGGGAGCUGGAGAAAGAGCGCCUGUUGAGAGCCAAUCAAGAUGCCGCAUGUAAAUGACCCCGAGGGGCGUUCUCCGAGCGACUCCAGAGCAGUGUCGCUGCCCCGCAGCGGGCGCAGAUCGCACUGCCUGGCGCCAUGCGAGGCGCCAACUUUGAGGGACGGAGACUCGAACCUAUGGAAGCCUGGGGAGAAACUCACGCCUUCUCCCCGUCCAAUGCGGAGAGGCAGCCGCGGCCGCACGGCAAAACGGAAGAGAGAGGACGGCUGGCAGCCGACCGGUGCACCCACAUCAUGAACACCUGCCGCCACCACUCCGGAUACCUGGCGGACGAUGAGGCCGGCCACAUCACGUACCGGGCCCGGGUGCAGCCGCCUAAGAAGCCACCGUUCCUGAAAGUGGAGCAAUCCUCCAAUCUGGGCCACGUGCCACACCCACCGUCGAUGUAUGGCCCCUCCGGCAGCUCAGGGCUUCGCAGCCACCGUGGGAGCACGAGGGACCCUCGGCCCUUUGGCAGUUUCCUGGAUUUCCUUGUGGAGGGCCAGGUGCUGGAGAGCCUGCAGAGGGUGGUGGAGGAAGCAGCCGAGCGCAUGGCUACCAUGAAGACAGAGACUGGGGCGCCGCUGGUGGAUGUGCAGGACCCAGUGGAGAUGCCGAGGGGGGGGCGACGUGUGCGUGCCCGGCCCAGCCUCAAUACCGUGCACCGGCACCACGUCCAGCCCAGCCUCUGCAUCGGGCACCCCAACAACUACCCAUCCUGCUCCAGCUCCAUGUCUGACUCACAUAGCAACGCCACAGUCGGCUACCCGGGUUCCUAUGGCCGGGACAGCGACCUGGGCUACCGCGGCCUAGGUCCACUGCCACCCAUAAGGGACAAACUGCUGCAGGAGAAGAGCCUCAAACGGCUGCUGCGGCUAGAGAACAGAGGGAAACGCCUGCCCUGCUCCCAGGGGGACGCCCUGCUGUGGGACUCACUGGGCUCAAGCUUGGGCACACCGGAAGCAUCAGAGCUGGGGAUUGGCGAGAGGGAGCUGAAAUUCCUCAAGAGAGAGUUCAACAAGGAGAUCAAGUCCUUGCUGAGCCAGUCAGAGGCCUUCAACCUGCCCGGCUACUCUUCGUUCCGUGAGCCCCAUCGGACCCUGGACCUCCUGGCCAAGCACCACCUCUUCCCUGCCCUGCAGAGCGUGGUCAACCAGGCUGUGGACAAGCUCAGUGGCGCCCUCCGGCAGAACGGCUGCCCUCUCUUCCCAUCCGAAUGGGAGCCCAUCACAGACCCCAAUCUAGAAAUCACCCCAGGCUCCAAACUGGCCACACCCAACCCAGAGACCAAUGAUGAUCUCCCCUCCACCGCAGCCUCCAGCUCCAAGAUGACAGGAAGAAAAAACAAGCCCAGAACACGGGACAAGUCCAAGGAAGGUGGUUCCACCAUGUCUAAUGCCCAAGGAGCCACCAGAUUUAGGCUCCAGAGCCCCCAUUACAACAGGAAGAAGACGACACUGCCCUCCAUCUCCUCCAAGUCCAUAUCUUACAUCUCCAACCCCUGGUCUGAGGAGCUUAUCAACGACAUGACGGAGCAGGCUGUCUCCUUGCUUGUUUGCAAGUACAAGUUUGAGAGGAACCUCACCAAGCAGCUGGGCCUCAUCUCCUUCCCCAUCACUGAGACACUCGUGGACCUCUUGCUGGGCUUCAAGAAAGUGAAAGGCUCCAACAUCUGCCUGUCCUCGGAGGUCAACUGGAACGACCUGCUGCGCAUGCUGGAGGAGGCGCAGUGGGCCCGGCAUGUGUCCCUGGAGGCCUCCCAGCAUGACGCCUCCCAGCACACUGCCUCCCUCCCAGGCAGCAUAGACACCCCCUCCACAUUGUCUAUGCAGGCCACUGUCCUGGAUCAGGUGGCCAAGGAGCCAGACCCCCAGGUACCCACCCUUCAGGAGAAAGGUACUGCUGAGGAGCACAAGCCCACGAACCAGUUGGAGCCCAAGCCCUCCGCAUCCCAGAGCACUGGCACGGGCUUCAAGCAGCCUGAGCAAGUAGUGGACAUGGGGGAGAGAUGUGGAGCCACGAUAGCCGUCUUCCUGCACUUGGCCACAGUGCUGGGACCUAUUGGCACAACUCUAGCCAAGCGAGGCCACUCAGGUUCUUUCCUAGAGAUUCUGGUGCAGUUUGCACUGACGGCUGAAGGCAAGCGUGGAUGGUGA